GACUAUCGAAAACAUCGUGCGUUAGUUAAGUGUUGUGUGGUGUCUUGUGUGUUAUCAAAGUUCCCAAAUGAGUACUUAUUUAUGGCGUUACGAAUACUUCAAUUCGGCAUUGUGUUUGCAAUAGGAUAUUAUCUCGGACCUGCAUCGCCGUUUGCAGGAGCCGUGGGACACCCAGAAGAAGUCCCUCUGUCGAUCGAACUGAAAGAUCCGCAAGAUGUGACCGUGAGCAGAGGACAGUCGGCCAUUUUACAAUGCGAUACCAAGUCCCUAACACCUGGUUUACAAAUAUCUUGGUUGUAUAAUGAUAAUCCAGUUGAUAGCAACGACACCAGGCGAGUUAUACAGGAAGAUGGCUCUCUCUACUUCCCUAAGGUUGGCGGCAGUAAAAAAACCAAAGGGCUUGUGGGAGAAUAUCGAUGUCGAGCUAUGGUUCAAAAUGUUUCAUUGCUCUCAAAUCCGGCAAAAUUAAAAAUUGCAUCUUUCGGCGAUUUCGACAAACCACCAAGUAAUCUGAGCGUUCCAGAAUCUCAGCCUGCAGUACUUUUCUGCAAUAUAAACUCAUUUCCUGCUGCACAAAUUAAGUGGGAGCAGGAUUUUAAACCUCUACCUCAUAACACAAGAUAUGUUCCUCUCCCAACGGGAGCUUUAUUAAUUACAAAAACUCAUUCCUCAGAUGCAGGAUCAUAUAGAUGUAUUGCAACAAAUAAUUUACUUAAAAAGACUAAAUAUAGUAAGAUAGUUGAGUUAACGGUUUCUUCAACCCCGAUGAAGACUGUAGAACCUACAUUUCUACCUCUUAAUAUUUUACCGAAUACCACUGUUUUGAUUGGAGAAAACAUAAAUUUAUAUUGUGCUGUGACUGGAUGGCCUAUUCCUACAGUACAAUGGCUUAAUUAUAAUAGUAUUGUUAUUAGUAAUUCGAGUGUUUUACAAAUUCGCAACGCAAGUUUUGAAGACGCCGGCGAUUACACUUGCCUAGCUUACAAUUCCGGCGGGCGUGUUUCGCAAAAAUAUACCCUUGACGUCUACCAGAAACCCUAUUUUAAUGUAACGCCUAUUUCGAAAAUUUAUCCUCCAGCGAGAACAGUUCGAUUAGAUUGUCAAGCUAAAGGUGUUCCAAAACCGAAAAUUUACUGGUUAAAAAAUAGCGAACCUUUGCCGAAUGCAGCUAGAAUCAAGAAGCAUCCCACGGGACUUGUUAUCAGUCACACAUUUACUUCUGAUUCAGGUAUUUAUCAGUGUAUUGCCGUAAAUGCAGCUGGGAGAGUUUGGGCAGCUGCACAAUUGAUACCCACAUUUGUUCACACACCUAGUCCUCCUGAAAAUGUACAAUGUAGGCCAUUCGACGACACAAGUAUUUGCCUUAGUUGGGAAACUCCUCAUAAUGUGUCUGUCAAGGCUUACAGUAUCUAUUGCUACUACACAGCAAUGGGACGUGAAAUCCCCGGACCUGAUUUCGUCACCAACAAGACGCAACAUUUGGCAUCUGGUCUUAAUACAAAUACAAAUUAUACAUGUUACAUUCGUUUGUAUUCGAAAAUCGCUAGCGACCGAUCGCAACAAGUUACUUGCAAAACAGGUGUAAAAGGAUGGAGAAAUUUGCAAGUUAUUCCUGUAAAUGAUACUUCCGUCGAAUUGUCAUGGACGAAAAUUAGCACUGACGUUCCUUGCGAUGGUACAAAAGAAUUUUAUAAAGUGCAGUGGAAAAAAAAGGGACGAUCUUUGAUCAAUUCAAAGCAAACUGACGAAUUUUUACUUGUUAUUUCUGGACUCUCAAAAUCCAUGGAAUACGAAUUUCGAGUUAUUCCCGGGUGGCAGAAAAAUGACGAUUCUCCUUGGGUUUCUUUUACCCCUAAAGGUGAUACUAGUCGUAAAAUCAGCGCAAACACAACCGAUUUGAUACCUUUAGCUCCUGAACGAUUAGAAGCUGAUAAAAUUUCGGCAACGAGUGUAAACCUAACUUGGAUCGAUAACAAUGAAAAUACGAGAUUUUAUUCAGUUUGUGCGACUGAAACUGAUAAACAGAUAGAUUGUGACGAACAUGAUUUGAUGAAAAGUGCAUCAAAUCAUUUAUUAAUCACAGAUUUACUAGCCAAUUUUUCAUACGAUUUUAAAGUUCGAGCUCAUAAUUAUCGUGGUUAUUACAGUCCGUUUUCACAGUCUGCUACAAUUCGCACCCGUGCUGAUGUGCCUUCAAAAGUUUUACAUUUGAAUUAUGAGAUUGUGAAUGAAACCGCCGUUUGCUUACAUUGGCAAGCACCGUUGCAUACAAAUGGAAAAUUGACGAGUUAUUUGAUUCUUUACACACCUAAUUCGAAUUGGCCUUUGGACGAAUGGUUCAAUAAAUCGGUGCCGACGACUUUAGAGAAUUCAAAGGGUUGUUGGUUUGUCCCAAAUAACGACCAACUUUUUUCUACCCUCCUCGUCGGCCUCGACUCAUCCAAGCAAUACACAGUUUACGUGAGAGCAGCGUCAGAAGUCGGCCUAGGCAACCCAAUAUACCCAAUCAAAAUCACAACCAGAAACACCAAUGCUGUAGCUCCCGAAACACAAGAUGACGUCCAAUACAAUCAAAUUCUAGGUAUUAUAAUGGGUGUGACGAUAUCGUUACUGUUUAUUGUGGUGUGCGUUAGUUUUACGAUUCUGGUACGAAAACGUUGCUUAAAAACACGAGCUUUUUCGAGGGCGCGGAUGGCCGCUUCAAAUAAUUAUUAUCCGGCGGUUGCACAGUACGCUUCAGAGGGAAGUUCAGUGCAAGUUAGAUUGGAAAAUCCCUGUUCGACGAUCCACGAGAUCGAACAUUUGGUCAGCGACGACGCGUCAAAUCAUAUUCCGCCGGAUACCCCGACACAUUUGGACACCAAGGGCACGGAUGGAUUUCCCAAUGGUCACUUAAAUGGAUCUGCCAAGCCAUACACUAAUGGUCAUGUUCCAAACGGCAUUGUUCACAUCACUGAAAAUCCACGAUACUACAUGCUAAAAUGCAACGGUCUUUCCGAGAAUAAAUCAAAAGCUCAAGAAAUGUGUUGCACCCCGUACGAAGAGGAUUCCAAUUCGAAUCUGAAAACAUCAAAAUUUCAGGACCUUCAUCGUAUUUUCGAAAAUUCAAAAGACCCUGAAAUAAAAUCCAACCGUCAGUGUAAUCUUCAUUUAAAACGAUCAAAAUUGAGCGAUUCUAAAAAUAACUCUAGCUUUAAAGAUGUUAGACCUAACGGUUAAUGACCGGUGACUUAGUCCAAAAAAAAUAGUAAAAAUUCAUGACCAAUUUCCCUGACUUUCAAUAAAAUGAUUAUGACUGAGCAGUAAUUGCCGAUAUAGAACUUGUUUUAAGUUAAUUUAUUUAAAUUCGAGGUAAUUUCCUACCAAAUAAAACUAAUUUGAGAGAUGGUGAAAAAUAUCUCGACUUUCAGACUUAGUUUUUUUAAUUUCUGCAAUAGAAUUUGCAACGAUUUUUCUUCACCUAAAACUCAAUUGCUCAAUGUUAAACUGUAAUUUCUUUGGCCUACACCAAUUUGCUUUUCAGUUUCGAUUAGGCUUGUUUGUUCAGCUACAAUAAAGCGUUGACUUCGUAUCGUUUUUCGAAGAUAUUGCAGUUGAAAAUUCAAGUUUAGUUGGUGUGGUUAUGAAAAUAUUAUUUUAUUAGCAUAAUACAAUUCGUACCUGAAAACAAUUACAUAUAUAUAUGAUAGCUUAGACAUAAGUAAAAUGUUACUGUACAGUAUAUAUUGUGGAUGAUUGAAAUGAGCGAUUGUUUGGUCUGGUUGUUACAGUGUUUUCUAUGUUAUAUGGCUACAAUGUUAACUGUUCUUCAUUAACGUUACCAACAAAGCAUAUUUAUUAUUUAUAUACCCAAAGAUAAAUAUUCCAUUGUUUAAAUGAUGUACAAAAUUGUUUAGAAGAUAUUAUCCUCUUAUAUUCAGUCACUAUUCAAUGUGGUGUGUGCCUUUAUAUUGUACAAAAAUAAUGAUCACUUAGUUAUGUACAGAUAGGCGUUAAGAUUUGUUUUAGAGUUACCUACAUACUACUUUUUUUCUUUUUUUUUUCUUUUCAGUGCUCUCCACCAUUAUCUUUACCUUUCCGAAUUGUUUUAAAGCGCAACCACAAACAUUCCUUCAAACAAUACAAAGUACCCGUUUAGGUUACCGUGGUUUACAUUCCAAAUUGUGCAAAUUAAAUUUAAAAAGCAAUUGGAUUUAAAUGACUAAUGUAGACGUUUUAUAGCAGAGGAUAUAUUUAAUUUUUGAUUUGAGUAUAAGAGUCAAGUUGUUCAAAUAGUUAUUAAACUUUUAAAUCUACCUCACUUAUUAAAUAUUUACAGUAAUUUAAGUAUUUUCCUAAUAUAAUAAUGUUUAUUUAUGUUAUGUCUCAGGGCAUUUUAGUUGAUUUAGUUUUUUAGUUUUUUGUUUAUAAAAUUGUAUGCUUUAUUAUUUUUGACAAUGAAAUGUAUGUUUUAUGUCCAUCCGAUAUUAUUUAAUAAUUUUAUUAUUUUACCGAAAAGUCUGAUGUGAGAGGCUGCUAGUUUAAAUUUUGUAGCCAACAGACUAUUGGUCUGGUAAGGAAUUGUAAUUUUUUUAAAACACAAUUCUAUUUUUAUCCACUUACGAUGAAUAUAGUAUACAAAAUUGUUUGUAAUGAAUUUUUACUGUGGGAUCAUAACAAAGUACUUAAUUUAUUUUAUAUUUCACAUGACAACAAAUAACUAAUAUAGUAGCAAUAAAGUGAUACAUUUUCUAUAUUUGUACAUAAAAACGUAACAACGAAGUAAUUAUCACAAAAUCAGUUUGCAUUCAAAAUACCUAUAUUAUUUUAAUUUUUUAAAAUCCCACAGUUUCAAUUCGCAAUGUUUAUAUAGUGCUGUUAGUGCAACUCAUACUGUAAAUUGUAUUUAAAUAAAAAUGGUGUAAAUGUGUUAAUAAUAUAUUUUUGUACGCUUGAAUGAAUGCGAUAUUAUAAUGUAUUUUAAAAUAAAGAAUAUUUAAAACGUAA